CUCAGCAAACAGUGCCGGAUCCACUCCCAGGUGUAAACAAACCAUGGCAGACGAACACAAGGCCGGGGGAGCCAGCAAUAGUAAUGAAAAAACUAAAAAAACAGAUGAUGAUAAAUUCAGAUAUACAGCUGCGGCCUUUCUCACGGGCGUUGCUGGAGCAUCCAUGCUCGGAGGCUUUGGGAUGACGUUGGGAAUGGCCAAGAAGAAAGACCCACACAUGUUUAACAAGGGCAUGAUGGGAGCACGGGAAUUACAGGAGGCAGGUGGAGCCUUAGCCAUGAGAGCUCUGGGGUGGGGAACCUUCUAUGCUGUGACUGGCUUUUCCAUCUUCUGCUUCUGUGCGUGGAAAUUGACGGGUUCGAAGGAUCUACAAGACUUCCGGAUGAAGGCGGGAAGUAUACUCCCAAGAAUACCUAAAAAUAAUCCACCUCAAAGUAGGACAGAAUUUGAAGGGCUGACGGACCUCCUUCAGUACUUAAUUAAUGAAGAUGAAAGAAAGAAACAGGAGCAAAUGAAAACAAAACUGGCUGGACCAGAUUAAAAUUAUUUGCAUUUCUGUUUUUGGCCCAAUAGUUGUACUAUUUGCUGUAAACAAUA